GUGAACAAGUGUUAACUAAAAUUAUGGAAAAAAUGAACGCAAGAGUAGUUAUAGGUCUACUAGCGCUCACAGCGCUUGCGGCUGUUGCUCCCAUGGCAAAUGGCGCUCGCAUACUCUCAGUCUAUUCAUUUCCCGGAAAAAGUCAUUUUAUGAUGCAGAAAGCGAUCAUUAAAGAGCUGAUCAGACGGGGACAUCAGGUGACACUCAUUACGGCCUUCACACUCGAACCGCUCAAUUUGGGCAGCAACUAUACAGAGAUUUUAAUUGAGCCCGUCUAUGAUUUCUGGAAAGAUGUCAAAGAAGAUGCUGGCGCACGCAAUAUUUUCGAAUUCACCACAAUGGAUGUGCCCGGUUUCCUGCAGAUGCUACAAGUGCUGGGCGUGGCCACCACCGAGCAUGCGCUUCAGCAGCCCAAAGUGCAGGCGAUUAUAAAUGCCAAUGAAACGGCAAAUGUCUACGAUCUACUGCUGGUCGAGCAAUUCUAUCAGGAACCCUUUCUGGCGCUCAGUCACAUCUACAACAUACCGGUUGUGAGCAGCAGCACGUUGGGCUAUGAGAAUCAUAUGAGUCAGAUGUUUGGCAUAAUAUCGCCGUGGUCCUAUGUGCCGCACGGUUUUCUGCCCUUCACGGAUCGCAUGAGUUUCUGGGAGCGUCUACAGAAUGCAUACAAUUCAUUGUAUGAGGACUUGCAUCGCGAGUAUGUAUAUUUUCCCAGCAUGGAUGAGUUGGUGAGCAAGUAUUUCGGACAUUUGCCAAUUAAUUUCCCCAAGGUAAGCGAAAUGGAGAAGAAUCUAUCGGCAAUGCUAUUAAACAGUUAUGCGCCAAUAACCAGCGCUCGCCCAACCAUCGAUGGCUUGGUGCCCGUGGGCGGCAUGCAUAUUUACCCACCCAAAGCCUUGCCGAAGGAUAUGCAGAAAUUCUUAGAUGAGGCGGAGAAUGGCGCUAUUUACUUCAGUUUGGGCAGCAAUGUGGAGAGCAAGGAUAUGCCCGCCGAAUAUUUGAAAAUCUUUCUCGACGUCUUUCGCAGCAUGAAGCAGCGUGUGCUGUGGAAAUUCGAAAACGAGAGUAUCGCUAACCUACCGGCAAAUGUUAUGGUCAAAAAAUGGAUGCCACAGAGUGAUAUACUGGCACACCCUAAUGUGCGCGUCUUCAUAACACACGGUGGUCUGUUGGGCACACAGGAAGGCGUAUACCAUGCGGUGCCCAUGCUGGGCAUGCCAUUCUACUGUGAUCAGCAUUUGAACUUAAAGAAAGCCGAGCUCCAUGGCUACGCCAUCAGUUUGCAUUUCCAAGCAAUCACCUUUGAGGUGUUGAAAACUGCUCUAACGGAGCUGCUGGAGAAUCCCAGCUAUCGUAAUAAUAUCAAACGCAUCUCGAAUAUUUUCCACGAUCGUCCGUUGAACGCGCGCGAAACCGCUGUCUAUUGGAUUGAGUAUGUGAUACGACAUAAGGGUGCGCCUCAUUUGCGCGCUGCUGGUAUGGAUAUGCCGUGGUAUCAGUUUUAUUUGUUGGAUGUCAUCGCUUUCGUUGUUGUUGUCAGUAUAAUAACUGGAUUUUUGGUAAUUGGCCUGCUGCGUUAUGCGCUGCGUCGUAUUGGUGGUGAAGACAAGGAGAAUGUAAGGCAGAGCCGAAAACAGAAAAAGCAUUGAAGAAUCUGUUUUAUUUUUAAUGAAUUGAAAUUUUUACAUAAUUAAAUG